AUUGUCCUGUAUAUAAUCCUUUACCCAGUAGGAUUUCUCUAAUAUACAUCAAAGAGAGAACACACACAAGGUUGGUUGGUAGCUAAAAGGGAUAUUAUGCCGUAUAUAAAAUACAUUGCAUUUUAGAGUAACCAAAGAUCAGCCGUCAUCAUCAACGGGUGAAAUCACCAUCUCUGGUUCCAACGAAAAAUUUCACCUUUUCACCAUUCCACACUUUAUAAUGUGGCUGCCAGAACUAUUAGCUAACACUCGUUACCAACAUUGCUAAGAGUUUGCUAAAAACACUCGCAUUUACCAUGAGUUUAACUCAUUGGGGAUUUGUUAAUGGGGUGAUUUUUUAAAAACAGUGAAAAAUUUUUCUCCUGGACUUUUUACGUUUUCCAAAAGUGAUCGAAUCUCAUUAUCAUCGCCACACUGAAUAUUUUUUAUUCUUUUCCAUUUUCCAACACUGUCCGUAACAUUUGCCACUGGUUUUGGUGAUUGUUUGAUAGCAUGCAUGUCGUAUGAGUCAUUGUUAAACGGAAAAUGGUCAGGUAGUUAAACAUCCUGGGUGAUCACAGUAGUAAGUAAAAUGACUCUGUUUAAUCCCAAUAAUCGUCAUUACUGGUGGUGUUUACAAUUGCAAAAUUAAUCAAUUCAUGGGUCAAGCAAACAAACUGUGUGCACAUCAAUAAGUUCUUCACGGCGUGCGUGCAAAAUAUACUGCAAAUCAAAGUCGUGUAUUUACUUGGUUGCUGCACGGAACACAAAGAAAGAAAACCAAAGUGGAGUGUCCUCCAAAUUAUGAAUUAAGAAGAAGACCCCACAGAAGAAGCUGUUGAAUAAAAUACUACACAUACGAUAAUUGUAUCUACUAAAAAUUAAAUCAUAAAAUUUAUUUGAACAUUUUUCCGUUGCAUUUCUGUGGGGAAAUUUAAUUCAAAAUCAACUUUAAUCAACACAUUGUAGACUUCAAUAUAUGCAAGAAGAAGACUGAUUACAAAUACAUCAUUUCUCAAAAUCUCAUCUCAAAAACGGAACGAAGCUUAUACAGUUGAAUUAUUAUAAAAAGAGAAAUACUAAAUACUUACACAGAGUAAAAAUCGCCCAGUCACUUUUACUAAAAAAACAAAUAGUCAAAAAGUCUAAAAACAAAAUAAGCAGAAUAUUAAGAAUAUUAAAGUAAUAAUACAGUGAUAUUUUUGAUGACAAGAUAAAAAACACAUUGAUAAUUACUAGAUCAUAAUAAUAAUCUUAAGUUAUCUGCUAUUGUGUGGAUCUGGUUUUGAUUUGAAAUACUCGUCGAUUCCUCAAUAAAUCAACUAUAUUAACAUUUAAGGAAAAAUAUACGAAAAUAUAUAUGAAAAUAAGCAAUGCAACUGUAAUUACUGUGUGGAGAGGAACAAAUUCAAGCUAUGCAAUCUGUAAAACCACAACGAACUGUCUUCAUAAUUUCUAUCGUUUGAUAUAAUCGUAAAUUGUCGGAAAUUCGUGUGAUCUGCUUUCUCUUACAUAUAUUCUUACGUAGCUCUCCACAUAAAAUGCUACCCAGCUUCCUUCCGGACGAUUGCUCAUCCAAAAAACACAUUUAAUUUUUACGUUCAUCAUCAUCAAUUGAGAACCAUAUAAUAAUAUAAAUACAGCGAUUACCUAAAAUUAGAACCGUUUUUACAUAGGACAAAAAUAUAUAUAUUUCGGAUACUCGUGCAUUUCUGCCUGGAAAAUUAAUAUCCUGGCCUAAUUUCAUCGAAUACGGAGUAGUAAUAAUAAUACAAAAUACGUAAUACCUCGAGGAAAUUUCUACUUAAAGUUGCUACGUGUAAACGUAAAAAUGUCGGGUUCCAUGAGUACGACAAUGACCACUUCCGCUGGAGGAGGGGAGGGCGACGAUAUGGACAAAGUUCUUACCUCAUAUUUUGACAAAACAGUUAACUCCAACACAAUUAAAGAGAAGCCAACGCCAUCGUCGGAACUGAGCAAAGGGGACUUGCUAAAGAUUUUAUCCUAUUUGGAAGGCGAAGUUCAAGCGCGUGACGUGGUAAUUGCAACGUUGAAGUGCGAGCGAGUAAAACGAUUGUUGUCUGACAAUAAGUACAUCCUGACCUCUGACCCUUCCCCGUUCGCUGCUCUGAAAAGAGAUUCCUUUGCUACAUAUGUCAACCCUGCAGACUCGAAGGAGGAUAUCGAAUUGGUCCGACUAUGGGAAAAUCAGAAAGUUUCUCUACAAAGUAUUCUCCGCAAACAACGAGCUGCCAUGAAACAUAUACACAAGAUAUUAGAAGAUUCUGAAACUAUGCACCGUAAAAUGGCGGAGGAACUAGAAGAAGAAAAAGAAAAAAACGCUUCCAUGAAAGAUGGUGCAAAGUUAAAAGAAGAAUUAGAAAUUGAAAGACAAUUGAGGGCAAGACUGGAAAAAGAACUGAAGGAGACUCAAGACGCACACGAUGAAGAGAAGAACAAACACAAAAGCAUCGUCCUCCUCCUUUUAACUGAGAGGAAGAGAAUUCUCAAACAACUCGUGGAAGAGAGGAAACGAUCUGCUGACCUCUUGGUGAUGAUUGAGGAGGAGAAACGACAAGCGUUAUCCAUGGCAGAAGGGUUAGAAGAAGAGUCUCAAAAGGCAUUGAGAAUGGAGGCCGAAAUAGAAAGACAAGCCGCAGGGUUCAGAGUAGACCGUGAUCGUUUGACAGCUCGUAUCCGUAUUGAAGAAGAGCGACGAAUCGAAACCGAAAAUCAAUUAAAGGCUCUUCGCAUUGAGGUGGAGUCGCUAAGAAAACAAUUGGCAGAAGCGCAUUCUGUGGCAAUGUUCCAAGCAAAUAUUGUCAAUAACUCGAGUGGUAGUUCAUCCAGCAAAAAGACGUCAACAACGGUGGUUAGACCGACAGCAACCGUUUCAUCAGUUCCUGUUGCUCAGCCAACGACGGGAAUAGCGAAACCUGUCACAGCCACCGUGGUAUCUCCUCUGAACAACGCUGUGUCAUCACCAGUCUCAAAUUCUGUGCUACAGACAAAGCCUCCUAGCAGCAGCAGCGAGAAGAGUGGGGGUGGAUCGCUUCUAGCAAAAAAAUAUAGUGUAGGUCCCAAGCCUGUACCGCCCCCGGUGCCACCCAACAAACCCUCUGUUCCUCCCAAAAGUGGGUCCCUCACGGCCAAAAUCCACGCUGCCAAACUAGAGCAACAGAUUACCUGAGACGAGGGUUUGAUUUAAGUUGUUUACACCACCACCAUCGAGUUAAGCUGCUUUCCCCGAUUUCCAACAACGCCCACGCCCUUGUAACAGCAGCAAAUCAUAAAAAUAAUCAGUUAUCACCAACUUUGGGGACACAAAACAAAGAAAACAAAGAUACAAAUGUACCAAGAAAGAAGAAAACGAAGAACGCAAACGUAAAGAAAAAGAACGAAUAAUGUUUUUAACUAUUUGCGAAGAACGAGUGUGUCGUCAUCACUCGUUCUCUGAAUUUUAUAAUAGUCAUCAAUCAACUUGUAGUCGAGUCAUUUGAUUAGUUGUACUAUUUUAUUAAUGCUAGUGACCACUGGCUGGGCAUAAUUUUGAUGUUAUUAUUAAUUAAUUAUUAAGUAGUUAUUUACUUAUAUGUUGCAGCAGCAUUCCUAUUUUUAGUGUAUUCAAGUGAUGAUGUGUCAAAAAGAAGGCACGAGUUCUAUGCAAACGAAUUUCGAACCAUCCCCAUAAUGUAUGUAAUCCGUCUCUGACUAGAUUGUAGGUUUAGCGUUACAUUAUCCACACGGCGUCAGAAUAAUAUUAUUCGCAAUAAAUCCAAUGCAAUUGAUUGUCUUAUUAGUUAUUAGUUGGAACUGCCAUAGCGCGUGGUGUACUACUGAUAAUGUUAUGUGAACGCUAGUAAGACCGAUUUUAUAUAGUUAUCUUUAAUUCUUCUUCCGCUGGUGAGAUGUGGUCUCUCGUAGAUCUCAAUUUGUACGCUUUGUCAUCGUUAUUAUUUAUUAGUCGUAGUUAGUUAGGCUUGGACAACCGCGUCUUGUCAACAUCUCAUCAUUAUUUAACAGUAUCUUUUCUUUUGACAUAAAAUGCUUGUGCAAAACGUGGGAAAAGGGGUUGCUAAAAGCAGUUAUAACACGUAAAAUGCAUUUAUGUUGCCAUUGCGCAUUAGGUUUUUUUUAGCCAAUUUUUACUCUAAUUUCCGAAUUUAAUAAUUGUAAAAUUCCGAGAAAACUUACGAUUCGUAUGAAAAGAUUAUUUUAGCAACUGUUGUGAUUUUUAACGAUAUAAUUUUAAGUUCUUAUAAUUAAUUAGUUACUUUCACCACCAAUUAAAAAAUUGGCUUCUUUGGAGUUGUGAAUCUGUUACAAUUUUACUUUUACUCUACAUCAAGCACUUAAUUGUUCCUAGUUUGCACGUAAUUAUUUUAAAGGAGGAAGACCAGGGGAGGAAAUAUCGUUCCGGAUUGCAAGGUCUGAAGGAUGGGAAGACAGAAAACGAUGACAAUGCAAUGACCAAGAUGCAAAGUACUUGCGUGUACUAGACUUGUCAAAAACAUUAAAAAGUAAAUAAUAGUUGAGCGAAAACUAUAGAACCGACCGGUGUAUUCUAAAUAAUACUUUGAACAGUGUACCUUCUGCAAUACUUGAUAAAUACGUAGGAUAGGGCCAUAAAAAUAAAUACAUAGGUAAUGAUAAGUACAUAAUUGUUAGUUAUAUAGCGGAUAUAGAUUUAGCUCUCCUGUUGUGCUGUCACUGCAUGAUAGUUGGACGAUGGCUAGAUAAUAGGAAACCACAACCAGCAAGAUGAUCAUCAUGACCAUCAACGUAUGUAUUGUAUUAAUAAUUAAGAAACGUAUGGACUGUUCGAAACCAAGAGAUAAUGAAGGAAAGCGUUCAAAAGUGAAGAGAAAACGAAGAUCAAACAAUACAAUAUUAGUUUCUACCCUCCGUCGUCGUCCUCGUCCUCGUCAUCGUCGUAUGUGUUCUAUCCCGAACUGGAAAUAUUUUGAUGCAAGCGAGAAAUUUAGAUACAUGAGAUUGAUUGAGACUUUUUUGAAAUAAAAUAAAGAGACUCAGUCUGGAAAAUCACUCUGGAAAUAUACCAAUACUAAAAAGGCAACAAUAAAACCGAAAUUGAUUCCUCCAACCUGUGAAUGAACUAUG